AACAACCCUGUAUUUGGCGCGGUAAGUCUUGGUCUCCCCUCCUUUUAUUAAAAAAAUAUCCAAAGCAUAUGAACGAAGCUUAUCAGAUAUUUCCCCAAUUCAAUGCUCUCCUGGCUACCUGGAAACUAAAUUAAAGAAAAACCGUUAAGCCAAAGCAAAGUAACUAACUGCAUUUAUUUUCUUUCUCCCGGUCAAUUCAAGAUCCGCUGUUAAGUAACUACAUUACCAAUCUUCCGCCAUUCAAUACAAAGAAACCCUCUGUCUAGGGUUUUCACUUCCAUGGACCUUCCGCUCCUCAGGAAGAGUCUCCAAUUCUCUCGAAGAAACAAAAAGUACCUUCUCCUAAUUGCUUUAUUCGGCGCCUCCGGUUACGGUGCCUACAGGGCCUACAAUUCACCCUAUGUCGCUCAGAAACGAUGCCGUAUCGCCAAGCUCCUCAGAGCCUUCGUUUCCGUCGCCGAGUUAAUUUCCAACUCCGCGGACACCGUUACCGUUAUCUCUAACGACUUGAACCGUUUCCUCGCUUCCGAAUCCGACGAAAUCCCAAACAGUUUGAAGCAGUUAGCCAAAAUAGCAAAAUCCAACGAGUUCUCCAUGUCGUUGGCUAGGGUUUCCGAGGCUGUGACGCUUGGGAUUUUGCUAGGGUAUAAAUCACAGCCUGGUAACGAUAAAAAAGAUACGAAAAUCACCGCGGAAGCUUCUGGAUUCUCGGAUAGGGUGUUGGAGAGGUUUUUCUCCAAGGCUGGAACGGGUUUUGUGUCUGUUGUGGUUGGAAGCUUUGCGAGGAACUUGGUUUUGGGUUUCUACGACGCCGAACCGGUCGGUGCGAGAUUCCAAUCGGAUGUUCCUGGAUGGGUGAAUGUGAUUUGUGAUGAGAGGUGUGGGAAGCUUAUAGGGGAUUGUGUGCAGACUUUUGUGAGUACCGCUGUUGCUGUUUUUCUUGAUAAGACAAUGGAUGUCAAUACCUAUGACGAAAUGUUUGCCGGGUUGUCAAAUCCGAAGCACCAGGAAAAUGUGAAGGGGAUUUUGGUUUCCAUGUGUAAUGGUGCUAUGGAAACCUUUGUUAGAACCUCUCACCAGGUUCUGACUAACGGAACUGCGAGGCCGAAUACGGGUUUGUCUGUGGCUCCUGUUGUUGUUCCGGUGAGUGAAGAUGGGUGCCUGAAACCGGAGGUGUUUCAGCUCAAAAUUGGAAGCUUGAUUAAUGGUGUUCAGGAUGUUGGGUGGCUUGAACAGAUCAAGUCAGUGCUGUCGGUGCCUGCAAACCGGAGGUUCGUGCUUGAUGUCACAGGGAGAGUGACGUUUGAAACUGUGAGGUCGUUCGUGGCGUUUUUGGUUUGGAGAAUAUCAGAUGGAUUCAAGAGGAGUGUUAGUAAGGUUCAUGAAGAGGUUAUGGGCAAAGGACUGGAGGUGGUUAGAUAUGUUGGAGCUAAGUCAUCGGUUAUUCUUACCUUGUGCCUUGCUUUGUAUUUGCAUAUUAUGGGUGGUAGUAGAAUUCUUUUGCCUGCUUAGUGUGAUGUUUGAUCAUCUAACCUUAUAUUUGUAAUGCAGUUGGAAUAUAAUGGUAGCAAAAUCAGAUCAUUAAGUUAGAUAGCAUGUAUAUGUUUCCGAGUAUUAAAUUUGAGGUCAUACUUCAGUGGGUGAAAAAGAAAAAAUUUGGCUGUAAUUUUCAAGUUACUACUUUUAGUCUUUUUCCAUACCCAAAAAGAAAUGCAAUGAUUUGAGCCAUCUUGCUCAAAAUUUACAUUGCUUCAAUGCUGGAUGUAUGUAACUCAACACCUCUGAAAAUUGUGAUAAUUACCAUUAAAAUAAAACCCAAUUUUGAGUA